AAUGUUGCUCCUCACCGAAUCAACUUUGUUUUUCCUUAAUCUUACUUCCAGUAUCAAUGCGACCACUCAGAAACUCGCAUUAGGUGGCCGAGUGACCAACUGGGUUUCAGGAGUCAAGCUCGGAAAGUCGGAACCAUCAUCCCGUACAUCCAGCAUUUCGACUCGAGAGCCUCCCUCUACUAUCUUUUCACACAACACUGCUUCCUCUGCAGCAACUUCGGCCACUCAGCCCCCGACUCCGAUUCCUGCGGCUCAAACCAAACACGUGGCUGACAAUGUCCUUACUGGUGCCUUUGGAGAUGAAAUUGGUGAUUCGUUGGAGUAUGAGGCUACUUGCGCAGAGGAGAAGCAAGACAAAGGGAAAACUAAGGUCGUCUCAGUAUUUGAUGAAAACUCCGACUUUGAUGAGCCUCAGCCUAGGGCUCCGUUCACAUGAGGUGUCAGAGGCUGAGGCUGUGGUGUCCAAUUGGUCUAUGGAAGUUGAAGGCGUCGACGACCCGAUCAUGUGUGCUGAUGAAUCGUCUCAGCCUGAACCUAUUGUGGUGAAAAAGGAGAAGGUUUCACGUACAACAACCUCGACGUCUGUCACCACUUCUGUUGCUGACAGCGCUGAUAGUCAGCCUCCUGCUCAAAAAAAGCCCAAGAUCGAGCCUUCUGCUGCACGUGUUCGCGGUGUACCUGCCAAGCUCAAACGCCAACAAAAUGUGCCGGUGGACACUACGCCGGAGCACAUGAAAGCACGUGGCGCCUAUCGUACAGUUGACUUACCUGCAGCCAUGCAAGCAGACCAGCGCUGGACGAAGAGAUAUCUCCCUACCAUAAUGCUGUGGGCUGGAAGUUAUGAAGACAUCUGGGUUAUCCCAGACGAGGUUCUUCUCCAUCACGCUCAGCUUAUUUUCGACGCAGUAUACAAAGAUCUUAAUAUUUUCCUCGUUCACAAUGGUGUGGUACAUUCGCUUACUGCACAGCGCAUCUCAGAAUGGCGCAGUAAUUUUGGCUCAACAGCCAUAGCCAUUAUCAUGGACUUUAUGACACGUAAUUCCGAAUUCGCUCCUAGCGAUCUGGCAACGUCCCUUGUCCACGAUUGGGCCUUCUUAUAUGAGAACCCUGAUAGUCCAUCUCCUCUCACAGCUUACCGCUCUCCCUUCAUCUUACAGCUGCUUGGCACGGCACACCUCAACGCCGUCAAAGGGUAUGUGGAGGUUCCCUCCUUCGACAUGCAUGAGCUUGUGACGAGCGGGAUGUCACGGGUUCUCGCCCUCUCUGCUGUAGCGGUGAGUUCAAUUUAAAAUGGCUUAUUCGGCACUGAUUUUUUUUUAAGAUCGAGCGUGCCCUUGGGUUGUUCAAAAAUGAACAACUCGAGGUUCAGGAUGUGUUGUCCGCAUCACGCAGCAAAGUGGCCAUCAAACUACCGAAGGUUCUCAAUAAAUUGACGGGGAAACCAUUUUCAUUUUCGGCGACUCUCUGGUCCAAGCCAACCAAGGCGUUUAUCAAGUCGAUUUUGAGCAAGCCUGCUGGGUAUGUGGAGGCCACCAUAGAAAUGGCACGCACUACAGUAAAUGACGCCACUGAUACGCCGUCGAGCUUGCUCGACGAUGAGGAGUCGGACGAGGAUGAGCGAGCUA